UUGAAUGCAUAAAAAGUACCGUACCAAUACCGUAGCAGUACGAGACGUUUCUCGAGAUGUUUCUCAACGACAAUCGUAGGAUCUUUUCUUUGUCCUGCAUGCUUUAUGUAGAAGUACCAUACGACAAUUGCUCAUAAAUACGAUUCAGGGAUCGACUGUGUAAUUGUAAUCAGUUGUUAUCGGCACGGGAUAAUUUAAUUUUGACACUGGACUCUGGAGUCGUGAAUCUACGUGGUUAUAGCGGGAACCAUCUUCGUUUCCUCCCGGAACUUCCGCGCUUCACAAACUGAAAUUCCGUUCCCGGUAUUGCCCAGCGGCUAUGACUCACGAGACCAGCAUCAUCAGCUAGUCUGAGACAGAAUUUGAACACCCACAUUACCAGGGUUGCAUCAGGGAGUUGCCUGGUUGCAUCACUGUUUCCCAUUGGCAUUAACUGGUUUUUAUGAGUGGUCGCUGAAGACUGUGUUGUGUGUGCUACGGCUGAGCAAAUGACAUUGUAUCACCAAAGAACCAAAACUACUGAAGUACUUCGGCCAUGUCGUCUAACGGGGAAAAGAUUAACGAGGAACAGAUUAACAGUGAACCGAUUAAAGAGGAACAGAUUAACAAGGAACGGCUUAACGAGGAGCAGUUCAACAAGGAACAGAUUAAUGGGGUUGGGCCAGAGGAAUACGAUGAUGCGCAAAUGCAUGAGUCUAUGAGUGGGACAAUACAUACAGAUGUUACUCUUGAAGCUGAUCAAGGCAUGGAAGAUUUAGCGGAAGAGGAAGGGGACUUAGAUGAGAAAGACACUGAUUGUCAUGAAGAUGAUGGACAGACAGAAAGAGGUGAAGGAGGAGGUGAUGAUGAUCCCAUUGAUGAAGAGGACAUUGGAAAGCCUGAUGAGGUCCUACUGGUGCCAACGAAUGGAGAAGCUGUAGAUAUAAAAGAAGAACCUAGCCAACCUCAAGGCGGAAAUGAAGAAGUCAAUGCAUUCAGUGGGAAAUAUCAAAAGAUUAAAACGAGGCAUGUCAUGGACGAUGCAUCGCUCAUUUCAAAAUUUUAUUAUCACUGGCUGAACUUUGCGUUUUACAAAGCAUGGAAACAUGGCUUGAAACCUGAUGAUCUAUUUCCCUGCUCACCGCAUGAGAGUGCCAGCCUUAAUCACAAUAGGUUUUCCCAGUUGUGGAACGAAGAACUUGCCUUGAGAGGUCCUAAGAAUGCGUCGCUGGGCCUGGUUGUUUUCAGAUUCUUACUCUUCAGGGUUAUUGCUGGUAGUCUGACAAUGCUGAUGGGUCUUGCAGUGUCUCUCUUUUCUUCUGCAUAUAUUGUGCGUCGACUCCUCGAAUACAUCCAGCAGACCGAGUCAGACACCCUGUAUGGAAUGCUCUGGGUGCUUGGGCUGUUGCUAUGUCAGUUGACCCAGGUCACCCUACUCUCUUACCAGUUCUACCUCAAUACGCGGACGGGGACUAAGCUCCGGGCCGCUGUUGUUUCAACCAUCUACAGACGGGCUAUUAGCGUGAGAACUCUGAAGGGCAAGUCGGCCGGGGAGAUUAUAAAUCUGUGUACAAACGAUGGACAGAGAUUGUAUGAAAUGGGACUAUAUGGUCCAUCGCUCCUUUGCGGACCCCCUAUAGCUGUCGCUGGCAUUAUUUAUACCUAUUUCCUGAUUGGACCGGCGGCUUUGUUUGGAACUGGCAUCUUCUUCAUGUUCUACCCAAUCACGAUGGGAAUGGCCAAACUAGUUGCUUACUUCAGACGUCAAGCCAUUCAGAUUACUGAUAAGAGAGUUCGUCUGAUGAAUGAAGUCAUCUCCAGUAUCAAACUUAUCAAGAUGUAUGCGUGGGAAAUGCCUUUCUCCAAGAAAAUAUUCAAUAUGCGUGGAGAGGAACAAAGGGCGCUGCAGAAGGGAGGGUAUAUGCAAAGUUUUAGUACCAUGACUCUUCCUUUGGUCCCAGUUCUAGCGGCGAUGCUUACCUUAGUCCUGCACACAGCCCUUGGAAACAAUCUAACUCCAGCUCAGGCUUUCUCCUACAUUUCCUGUUUGACUGCCAUGCGUUUGAUCCUUGUGAUGACCCCUAUGGGGGUCAAGGCUGUCUCAGAGUCUGUAGUGGCCUUUCCACGCAUCAAGGAAUUGCUUCUGAUGGAGGACGUCAAGCCGUUCACUGACAAACCAUCGUCUUCCAACCUCGCCCUCGAGAUCGUCAAGGCAACGUUUGCAUGGGACAAGGAGCAGGCCGUGAUUGCCGCAGAUGGCAAGGGGCUGGCAAGCAAGGAUACGAAGAAUGGAGAUGUCAAGAUGAAGAAGGAUGCGGGAGCGGAGCAAGAAGAAGGGGAAGAGUCUGCGAUUCCCUUGGUCGAAGGAGGAGAAACCAAGGAUGAGGAGAAUGAGAUUGUGAAGACGCUGUUUGAUGUUGAUUUGAAGAUUGAAAAGGAUUCUCUGGUAGGAAUUUGUGGAAGUGUUGGCAGCGGAAAAUCAUCGCUCAUCAACGCCAUCCUGAGUCACAUGAUCAUGGUCGAUGGAUCGGUAGCGGUCGAUGGCACAUUCGCCUAUGUCCCUCAGCAGGCAUGCAUCCUGAAUACGACAUUGCGAGAGAACAUUUUGUUUGGGUUGGAGUUUGACGAGGAUCGCUAUGUGGAUGUCGUGGAAGCGUGCGGACUCGCCCCUGACCUGGAGAUACUAGCAAAUGGUGACCUUACGGAGAUUGGUGAGAGGGGUAUCAACCUGAGUGGCGGCCAGAAGCAGCGGAUCAGCAUGGCGAGGGCGGUAUACUCCCAGCGAGAUAUUUAUUUAUUAGACGACCCUCUCAGUGCUGUAGACGCCCAUGUUGGACAACAUAUCUUCGACAAUGUCAUCAAGAAACUACUCAAAGGCAAGGCAGUGCUGUUUGUGACCCAUCAACUUCAGUUUCUCAGUCAGUGCAACCGUGUGCUCUUCAUGAAGUCCGGUCGCAUCUCAGCCGAUGGCGCACACAACACCUUGAUGAAGAGCGACCCGGAGUACAACGCUCUCCUUCAGAACUUCAUGCAGGAGCAGGAGAUGAAGCGGGCGUCGGUCCACUCCUCCAAAGACGGAGGACGCGGUCGGGCGCUCUCCUCCAUCUCCCUGACCUCCCUAGACUCCAGGCAACGGUCAGAGAGCUUCCGUACCCUGACACAGAGCUUCAGGGCGCGGUCCAACCAGAUGCUGCGCCAUGCGUCGACCCGUUCCACCCACUCCAUCCCGGAGCAGACGCCUCUGCCGAUCCAGGAAGCGGAGACAAACAAGAUAAAGCAAGCUGCAGAUGACCAAACGGAUGGUUCGGAAUACCCACCAGUGUUUGAAUCGAGGGAAGACAUAAGAAAAGAAAAUUCAGAUGGAGAAAACGAAGAAUCGGAAGAAGAAUACAAAGAAGAUGGCGAAGAUGAGUGUGAUGAUGAUGAAGAUGAGAGUGUCGUGUAUGAUGGAAAGCUGAACCAACCCGAAGCGAUAGAGACAAAAGUCAAACCCUCCAAGACCUACCUAGCCUACAUGAAGUCUGCCGGUGGCGUCGUGGUCUCGCUGCUCGUCAUACUGAUCUUCCUCAUCUCCCAGGCUCUGGCGACGUUCAGCAGCUUCUGGCUGAGUCAUUGGCUGGAACAGGGAAACGGGACCAAAAUAGAUGUGAAUGCCUCUACGAUAGGAAAGGAUUACGAUCCCUACCUGCACAUGAAUGUUUCCGACAAUCCGCGAUUGAGGUUCUAUCAACUUGUAUAUGUGGCUUCGGUGCUUGGAUGCAUAUUAUUUGGUUUCUUACGGGCCGGCGUAUAUGUUAAGACCACUCUGCGAGCAUCGUCCAAUUUCCAUAACAAGGUCUUUCUCAACAUCAUACACAGUCCUAUGUCUUUCUUCGAUGUAACACCAUCCGGACAGAUUCUCAACAGGUUCUCUAAAGACCUUGAUGAAGCUGAUAUUCGUCUUCCAUUCGUCAUGGAGUCCUUCCUCCAAAAUGGCAUCUUCGUCCUCUUCAACCUUUUGACCGUCAUCUACAUCUUCCCGUGGUUUCUCGUGGGUGUGGUGGUAGUGGUCAUCUUCUUUACCGGUCUCAACCGGUUCUAUCGGCCCGGUCUGCGGAACAUCAAAAUGCUGGACAACACGCUUCGCUCGCCUUGGUUCUCGCACGUUACUACAACGAUGCACAGUCUCUCCACCAUCCACGCCUACGAAAAGACAGAUGAGUUUAUUCAAAAGUUUGAGAAGCAAUUGGACAAGCACUCCGUGCCCAUGAUGCUCUUCAUGUUGGCCAAUCGGUGGCUCGCGACUCGCUUUGACGUCAUGACGAGCCUGCUGGGAUGCCUGACAGCGACCUCUAUUGUCCUCAGCCAUGGCAGUAUACCUCCCGGCCUGGCAGGACUGGCUCUAACCUUUACUAUGCAGUUUCUAGGUAUAUUCCAGUUCACGUUGAGAUUGGCUGCUGAAGUCGAGGCUAGAUUUACAUCCGUUCAAAGAAUAAUUGAUUACACAAAAUUACCAAGAGAAGUGGCCCCUACCAUCGCAGGACAAGAGCCCCCUGAGAACUGGCCGGACCAUGGUCGUAUCACAUUCCAAAGGGUAAAGUUACGUUACCGUGAAAACUUACCUCUGGUGCUGAAAGGCGUGACGUUUUACGUGAAGCCGCGAGAGAAGAUUGGCAUCGUGGGAAGGACGGGCUCGGGGAAGUCAUCCCUUGGCGUUGCUCUUUACCGCCUCGCCGAGCCGUGCGGAGGAAGCAUGUUUAUAGAUAAGAGAGAUAUCUGUAAGAUGGGGCUACGAGAUCUCAGAUCAAAGAUCUCCAUCAUACCGCAAGAUCCAGUGCUGUUUAUAGGAACUGUCAGGUACAACUUGGAUCCAUUUGAUGAACAUUCAGAUGAGAGUAUAUGGAGAGCUUUGGAAAGGACUCAUAUGAAGGAUACGAUAUCCAAACUAGACCAACAGCUUAUGGCUCCAGUGAUUGAGAAUGGUGAAAAUUUCUCAGUUGGAGAAAGGCAACUCAUGUGCAUGGCAAGAGCUCUUCUUAGAAAUAGUAAGAUCCUGUUUUUAGAUGAAGCUACAGCAGCUAUCGACAGUGAGACGGACACCCUCAUCCAAGCUACCAUAAGGGAAGCCUUCCGUGACUGCACUAUGCUCACCAUAGCGCAUCGUCUCAACACCAUCGUUGAUUCGCAUCGCAUACUCGUCAUGGACGACGGAAAGAUUGCGGAGUUUGAUCGCCCUAGCGCUCUGAUGAACAAACCGAACUCCAUAUUCAAAUCGAUGAUGGAGGCCGUCGCUGCCCAGAAAGAACUCGCGGAGGUGUUCGGUUCAGCAAAUAGCCUUCAAGUGCCUUCCCCCUUCUAGUAUUUCACGUGUUCAUCGAUAAUAAAUGCCAUCCCAUAGCAACGGUCGAACAGUGAGGCGGUCCGUACAGGUGAAGUAUUGUGUGCAGUGCAUUGUAUCUGUAAAGGCAUGGUGACCUAUCAAUUAUCUUUCUGCUUUGUGAAUUACGUAGAAAGUUGACAUCCUGAUGGAGCCGGUGAUGGAUGGGAAUGCUGCUCAGAAGAACUUGCUGAAGGUGUUCGGUUCAUCAAAAAGCCUUCAAGAUCUUUCUCCAGUCCAGCGCCUGUAUGUAAAUUGGGAAUGAAUCCCAUAUCAGUGGCGGAUCAGCUGGAUUAGUGUUUGAAGCAUUUUAUACCUGCAAGUGAAUUGGUUUGUAUUGGGUGAUUUCAAGUAGGGUGUUGGUGUCGGAAGCACAAUUUUGAUUGCGUUUCCGAGCUCCGAAACUUAUUCUGAGUUUACAUAAAUAAUUUGGGCCCUGUCUUUUAAAGAGUUGCAAUUCAUCCGAUCAAUGGCAACUAUGGACGGCCAGCAAUGUCAACAUGUAUUAUGCGUGUUUGUUCAAAAUAAUUUCUAAAUAUAUUCUA